AUGUAUGCCAAUUUUUCGCUACAGAAUCGGACAGAAGACAAACUAAUCCGUCAUUCAGAAACUAUAGUUAUUUUGCGUACAAUAUUGCUUGUACUCAUCACUAUAGCCAUCAUUUUUAGCAACAUUAUUAACAUUUGGAUUCUAAGAAAAGUCAGGGAACUUCAGACCUUAGGAAAGGUUCUUCUCAUUAAUUUGAGCGUUGCUGAUUUUAUAAACGGUUUAUUUGUUUGUUUGCCUGCUGUCUUAGCUUCCGCCUAUGACAGGUGGUUAUUAAGUACUACAUAUUGCACAGUAUCAUGUAUUUUGCAUGGCAUCACGUGUACUGUAUCGAUUUGGUGCUUAGCUAUCGUUAGUUUAGACAGAUAUAUCGCUAUUAACUUCCCAGUCCGAUAUCGAAACGCUAAAAAGAUGUACUAUUCGAUUGGCAUUUUGAUAGCAGUUUGGUUUUUUUCUUUGAUAACUUUUCUUUUCCCACAAAUUUUCGAUUCAAAAUAUUACGGAUAUCAAGAGUCUAUCGUCAUGUGUGGAAUGAAGUGGAAAUCAAUAAUUUUUUGCAUUGCUACAGGUCUCUAUAUCCCUAUUUUAAGUGCUGCCGUAAUCUUUUUUUCUUCGUACAAAGUUUCAAAAGCCCUUUUAGCAAUUCAACAAGCGAAAAUUAAUCGCCGAGGACAGGUAAAAUGUUCCCGAGAUUUGAAAGCUAUUAGGAUGUUGAAAAUAAGCACAAUAUGUUACAUUGCUGCCUGGGGACCUUAUACACUAAUUGCCUACUUGAAGGCCUUCUAUGCGUUUUCAGAUGUACCCGAAGAAAUUGAGUUCACAGUGGCUUGGUUGGCAAACAGCAAUAGUUUCAUGAAUGUCAUCAUAUACUCAGGAAACUUGGACGGGUUCUUACGUCAGCUAAAAAAGACUUUCUCCUGUUGCAUGUGCUCCCGUUGUUGUAAGGAUAACGCAGUCUACCCGGAUGUACAUGAGGAUUCCAAUUUACCCUCCACAAUCACUCAAACAAACAUUUAUUAG